AUGGGGGACGAUCUGGGAAGGCUGUAUCGUUUGGAUGGAGUCGCUCACAUCGCCGGGGUGAUCAACGACGAGCCCCAACGCUGCAUAUCGAGUAUGCGGCGGCAGCAGGGAAUGCGACUGGAUGAGCGGUACGUUCCGUACUUGCAGAUGGCCGGAUUAUACCAUCUUGCGAGACUGAACGACAAAUGGUUCCAAUUAGACGAGCCACUUGUGAGUGCAUUCGUCGAGCGGUGGGGUCCGGAGACGCACACUUUUCAUAUGCCGUUCGGAGAGUGCACGAUCACACUUCAGGACGUAGCAUACCAUUUGGGGUUGCCAGUGGACGGACAUUACGUGAGUGGCUGCCUUACGGAUUUCCAUGAGACCUUCGGAGAGUGCCCCGAGGGGGCCGACGAGGAGACAGUUAGGCGCUUUGCCCGUGCCUAUAUCAUGAUGUUAUUGGGCACCCAGCUUUUUACCGACAAGUCCGGCAAUCGUAUUCACAUCAGAUGGCUACCGUACGUGGCUAGGCUUGAGGAGAUGGGUGGCUACAGUUGGGGGUCGGCGGCGCUUGCAUGGCUAUACCGGUGUAUGUGCCGAGUGGCCAACAGACAUAUCGUGAAGUUAGCUGGGCCGUUACAGUUACUUCAGUCUUGGAUAUUUUGGCGUUUUUCUAGAUUUCGGCCUGAUGGGUUUGAUUUGUUUAGCUGGCCCCUGGCAUCCAGCACACCAGAGGUCGUUCAGGUGGUCCAUCCGGAGGUGCUGGAGUCUCGUCAUACGGCUUUAUGGCGUUCCGUCACCUCACUGAUAUAUUUUGCCGUGGUUGAGUGGCACCAGGUUGAUCGGGUGUUACCACAGUUUGGAGGAGUACAGGCUCGCCCCCGUCCCGCCCUGAACAUCGACUUCUUGAUGUUGAAGGAUGGUAGAGGAGGUGAUCGUUGGUUUUCGUCCCAGUUACAGCACUAG